AUGUCCUUAUGUAAGUCAAAUUAUGAAAUACGUAAGUAUGGAGUAAGGAAUCCAAAAGUUAACUUCUAUUUCCGAAUUUCAGGUCAGCAAUUUGAUGCGGUCGGAAACCUACGCGAUUGGUGGGAUGCAGAUGUUAAAAAGAAGUUUGUGGAGCGAGCUCAGUGUAUCAUCGACCAAUACCAAAAAAUUGAGGUACCACGCGCUGGUCUGAGAGUAAAUGGCAAACUUACUCAGGGAGAGAAUAUCGCCGACAACGGGGGAGUGAAGCAAGCGUACAGAGCGUACAAGAAGUACUUGGAGAAACACGGAGAGGAGAAGCGUAUUGAGGGAUUGGAACAAUACAACAACGAACAAAUGUUUUUCAUGGGUUACGCAACGACUUGGUGUGGUCAUAUGACGAAGGAUGCGCUUAUAAAUCUCAUUCUUACCGAUCCUCACUCUCCAGAACGCUAUCGGGUCAAUCAGGUGCUCGCCAAUCAGCCAGAGUUUGCUGCUGCGUUCAAGUGUGCAGUUGGUACUCCAAUGAAUCCAACAGAACGUUGUGCUGUUUGGUGA